AUGGUGUCUUCGCCCCAAAGACCUCCCCUCGCACAUUCAAGCAAGCCGAGUUUUGCAACAUCAGUCGAUACAUAUUUUAGCAAAGACAGCACCUGGAAUUGGAAGAGGUUUUCUGCUAAUGCGGAUAUCGAGGCUCAACGUGACCCACGACUGAGUAUUGCCUCAAUACGAUAUCUCAUUCUCACCAUCUACCGCCGUUUGUUUUCGCUGGUUUAUUGCGCCAAUGCGAUCGCAUUCAUUAUUAUUAUGGUGGAGAGUCGAGAGAAGCUCCUUGCAUUCGUCAACGCAGCGGCCAUCAAUUUGCUAGUCUGCGGUCUUGCGCGACACCCGCUAGUGGUGAAUGCCAUCUUUCUCAGCUUCUGCCGCAUCUCGCAGUCAGCUCCUCUCGCGCUGCGCAAAAGGGCUGCAGAAGCAUAUCACUAUGGUGGAGUUCACAGCGGAUGCGGUGUGGCUGCCUUCUUAUGGUAUACCGGCCUCGUGGCUCUUAUAUCAUGGGAAUAUUGGGUUAAUCGAAACUCAGUGACGAUUUCUAUCCCCGUGAUUGCCCUAUCCUAUGUUUUGCUUGUCGUUCUCGUCGUCAUAAUUGUGGUUGCACACCCCACCUUCCGGGCGAAAAGACACGACUAUUUCGAACUCAUACAUAGAUUCUCCGCAUGGUUGGCGGUGGCUCUUUUCCUGACUCUCCUGCUGGUCAUGUCAGACCAAGCCCGACAUGCGCAAGGCGUGUCCCUUGGACAAUACCUGAUCGAGCUCCCAGCAUUUUGGUUCGUUCUGGUCAUCAUCGCGUCCAUCGUCCAUCCCUGGCUACUUCUCCGCUGGGUGAAGGUCCAACCCGAGUAUCUCUCACCGCAUGCUAUCCGACUCCACCUCGAUCACACAUCUACGGCAUUCGGCAAAGUAAUAGCACUCUCUAAGCAUCCGCUCAAGGAUUGGCACAGCUUUGCAACUUUCCCCGAUCCCGAUGGCAAGAGCUUUUCUUGCAUAGUAUCCAGAGCAGGCGAUUGGACAACGCGGUGUAUCAAUCAGCAACCGACGCAUAUGUGGAAGCGCGGAGUGCUUAUGUACGGCUUUAUCCACGUGAUGCGGGUUUUCCGUAGGGUGGUGGUGGUUGCCACGGGAUCUGGUAUAGGGCCAUGUCUUUCGUUUUUGAGCGAGAAGAAUCGACCGCAACUGCGAGUCCUCUGGCAGACGCGGAAUCCGAACAGGACGUACGGCCGUGACGUUCUCAGCCUAGUGCACCAGCUGGACGCCGACCCUCUUCUCAUUGAUACCGGUAACAGUGGAAGAGUGGAUAUGGUCCCAAUUGUCCAAGAACUCGUACGGGAAUUUGAUGCGGAGGCUGUGUGUGUGAUCAGCAACCCGCGGCUCACGAGAAAGGUAGUUUUUGAGCUCAAGGAAAGUGGAGUUCCUGCCUUUGGACCGAUCUUCGACUCUUAA